UUUAAUUAAAAAAAAAUGGGUCGGCCAAUGGGACUAGUGUUGAUGCUGGGGAUUCUAGUACUUGUCGGGGGCCGUACGGAGGCGAUCGAUACGGCGUGGUACGAUGCUCAUGCGACCUUUUACGGCGACAUGGCCGGCGGAGAAACCAUGCAAGGAGCAUGUGGAUACGGAGAUCUAUUCAAACAAGGCUACGGCUUCGAGACGGCGGCCCUAAGCACGGCGCUGUUCAACAACGGCUUGACCUGCGGUGCGUGUUUCGAGAUCAUGUGCGUCAACUCGCCGCAGUGGUGCAAACGCAACGCCGGCACGAUCAAGAUCACCGCCACCAACUUCUGCCCGCCCAACUACGACCCGCCGGUCCAGUACCACUGGUGCAACCCACCGAACAAGCACUUCGACCUGUCCAUGCCCAUGUUCCUGAAGAUCGCCGAAUACAAAGCCGGUAUAGUCCCGGUCAAGUACCGGCGGAUUCUGUGCCAGAAGAGGGGCGGCGUCAGGUUUGAGAUGAAGGGCAAUCCGUACUGGAUCCUGGUCUUGCUGUACAACGUCGGAGGGGCGGGUGACGUCACCGGCGUGCAGGUGAAAGGGCAAAACGGUAAUUGGGUACAGAUGAGUAGGAACUGGGGACAGAAUUGGCAGACCGGAGAGAGGCUGGCCGGACAGGGGUUGUCGUUUAGGGUUCAGACGAGUGACGGGAAGUCGAUUGAGUUCGGUGACGUAGUUCCCUCGAACUGGCAAUUCGGACAGAGUUUUGACGGCAGCCGGAACUUCUGAUUUGUUUUUUUUUUCUUUUUUUUUCUCCAAUUAGAUGAAUUUCUGUUUUUUUUUUCAGGCAUU